GGGCAGAAGCUAUCCUCGUGAGACAAUCCCGAUCUCGCGAGUCCGGGAGGAAGGCGCCUUUUGCAGCUCCUGCAUGGCCGAUUAGAGGGAGCAGAGAACUGGACCAAAGUCAUUCUGUGUUUCUAAUGGAAUAGUGAUACGCCCUUGGCUUAUCCAGGACAAUAGAUCGGUCUGUUUCAUCACGUAGCGGUUUUUAGAGAUCAGGCAUGGCGCAUUUUAAUCUAAUGACUGCAGGUGUUAGCCUCUUGGCUAAAUCCUUCAGUGCCUUAUCCUGCACCAACUCUCUUGCAAGGUGCACCAGUGUCCACCCAGUGUCCUUCUUCCUAACAUCAAGAGGUCUGACUGCCCAGGCGGGUGGACCUCCAAAGAGACCCCUCAAUGGAUACAUGCGAUACGUGGUGCAGCAACAGCCCACCAUAGUUCAACAAAACCCAGCUAUCAAGAUAACUGAAGUAAUCAGGAAGAUAGCCCAAGAGUGGAGAUUGAUGUCUGCAGAACAGAAACGUCCUUUCGUGGAGGACUUUCAGCGGGCCAGGGACCAGUUCAAGCUGGACCUCAAGAGGUACGAGGCCAAGCUCACCCCUGCAGAGUUCGAGCAACAGGCCAUUGAAAGGAAACAAGUGAUGGCUAAAAGGAAAGAAAUCCGCAGGAAGCGGGAGAUGAACAGCUUGGGGAAGCCCAAGCGGCCGCGCUCUGCAUUCAACAUCUACAUGUCGGAGCACUUUGUUGAGGCCAGGGGACUCACAAUGCCGGCCAAAUUGAUUUCAUUGAUGGAUGACUGGAGAAGUCUUCUCGGUUACAAAAAACAGGUUUACAUGCAGCUGGCGGAAGACGACAAGAUCCGGUACAAGAACGAGAUAAAGUCGUGGGAGGAACACAUGCUGGAGAUCGGCCGUGAGGACCUCCUCCGGGAACACACCAGGCCCAAAAAGGCCCCCGCCAAGAAGAGGGCCACCAAGAAGGAGGUGAAGGCAAAGCCCAAAGCGAAGAAGACUGCGACGGCCGGAGUGGUGAAGGCCGCUGGGAAAGGGAAGACGGCUGGGAAAGUGACCCUCACCAGGAGUAAGAAGUAAAGGAGUGAGGCGAGCUGGACCACUGGAUCCCAGACUACUGAAAUGUUCAUGAGUAUAACCAGGAGGUUCUAGGACUCUCAACCCAUCCCGUUGCAACCAGGAGGGGUGGUCAUCGUCAUGAAUGCUACCUUAGUACAAAGGGACAAACCUUUGUCCAGAAUCAGUCAUUUCUUGAAAAACGGUUUCAGUGACCACUCAAUUCUAUUUUUCAAAUUGCCUGGCAGAGAAACAAUAACAACACUUUGAUGUUCCUUGUAACCAGCGCUGAAAGUGUCAUAAAAGGUCUGAGAGAAAACAUUUCACUCCCAUAUUGAACAGGUUUGUUACUGUGAACAUGAGCACAUUAUUCCUGAAGGGCCUUCGGAUGGUCUUUGUGUCUGUUGCUAGGAGACUGGUUUGUGUACCAAGAUGAUCCACAGAUUGUUGUUGGCAUGUCUCCAAGCCACAAUGGCAGAGGAAAUUGUAUACAGUCCUUGUCGGCUGAUAAGUGUCUGGAUAAAGGCAGCCUCACUUUCUCCAGGCAUUUGUUUCUGCAUCUUUUCCAAAUGGGUUUCAUUUAAAAACAGGAUGACACAAAAGAACUCUAAAAUGUUUUUUUUUUUUUUUCUCCAAAUGCAAUAAAGCGGUUCGAUUUUGUUUUGGCAUACAAAAUGUAUUUUGUUUUCUUUUAGUUUCAAUACUUUUUUGUAGCUAAAUGAAAAAAUAUCUCAUAUUUGACCAGGUAGCUUCUUAAGGUGUUCCACCUCAAUGUCUGACUGAAUGUAUAGACAAUGUUAUUUUUUUUUUUGUUUUUUUUUCACGUUUUCUCAAGUUCUAGACCGGCCAGUUAUGAAGUUACCAUUAUUAUUACUACCAGUGUUUGACGAAAACGGUUUUGGAUCAUGCGCUUCUUGCAGAAAUCUGGUUUUAUUACAUUGUUAAAUGUUACCAAAUAAACUGACAAAUGUUGUUUUUCACAAAAUGACUGUUUGGGAUGUAGAAGAGUGAUAAGGACGAACAUAUACGUUAUACAAAGGGAUGUCGUUUGACAUUGUGGAAAUAUUCAGUUGACUUGCUUGAAGAAAGUGCUGUUUUUAUUAACCGUUGGUCUUGUAAUACAAAAAAAAUCCUUUUCAAUUACAUUUUUUAUAUCAAAGGUAAUAUCCCAAACUGAGAACUUGCUGAUUUAAGGUGUCUGCUCAGUAUAUUGCGGUUUAAGGGCCACUGUGUAAAAGUAUCUAGCGGCAUAACUUUUAAGUCAACAGUUCCAAAACAUACCCUGUUUUGACUUUAAUCUUAACACAAAAUAUAUGCUAUUAUUCAGUCACCCAUCUUAAACACGGUGAUGAGCCAGUCGGAGAUCACGACCACUUCUUGUUCAGUAACGGUUGUAAUUGCGUUAUGGUCGGAGAACACUGGUGCACCUGGACAAAAUAAACAAUGAGUUCGACCAUUUUAACUGAACUCAUUUUCUGAACCUGCUAGCUACGUUUUGAAAAUGGUCAUCAAUCCAAGUAUAAAAAGGCCAGAGGACUACAAAGAACGAGAAUCUAAAUGUAACAUUAAACAUACAUUAUCUUCAUCAGUGCAUCAAGUGAGUAUGGGCUUUCCUCUUGUAUUAAAUUAC